CCCAAGUAGAAAACAAUCACAAUACUCAAGUUAGCUUAAUUGAUCAAUAGUAGAAUAGGGAGUUCUGUUAGUGGGCUGCUGAAUACCAAAAAUGCUUGUUAACCGUUUCUUCAAACAUGAAUUUGUGGAUACUUGGAUUUAAGUGUUAUAAGAUUGUGGGGAAUAUAGAGAGUGACCGAGUUUGAAUUGAAACUCUAUAUGUUGUUUAUUUAUCGCUUCCAAUAAACUAAGUAAUUAGCUUGCAUUCUAUUGAAUUCAACAAUAACCUAGGUUUCCAAGAAAAACAAACAGUAACAUGGUAGUUUCAAAGUGUAGGCAUAAUUGAGGUGAUUAAAAUCCAUAAGCACCCAAAGAAAUCAUCCCUCGUGGAACAUGAGAUGAUUAUGGGUGUUGACAAUUGACAUAUAAGGAUGCAGAGGAAGACAGUUCAUGGAAGGGGCAAAAGCCAAAAGUAGCUUUGCGACAGUCGUACAAAACCAAACGGACAUAAUCCUUCAUUGAUGCCAGCCGCAUAAGCAAAAGAAGAAAGAAAGAACUUUCAUCAGCAUGGAUAAGUUGACUUGACUUACUGGAAAGUGGAAACGAGGGCUUGAUUGCGAUUGCGAUGAAACGAGGGCGAGUGUGCGACGGGCAAAGGGCGUUGGAGCUGGCGUGCGACAGGCACUGGAGCUACAGUGGAAUGCGGCGGCGGCGGCUGAUACUUGGUUGGACAGCCGGCUAGCCGCGCGGCGGCAGUGAGGGAUUGUUUGUUAGGGUUGCUGGAGAGUGGAGAUGGAGAGUGCGUGGCUGCUGGAGAGUGGAGAUGGAGAGAAUUAGAGUUGCAGGGGAAUGGAUUUGAAGACUGCCCGAUAGCCACCCCCUUCUUUUUUUUAUCUGAAAUACCAAAACUGCGUCGUUUUGAUUGAGUGCCAACAUUUUUUUUUCAAAUGCUUGGACUCGUAAAAAAGCAGUCUGAAAACGCGUUUUAUACGUUUUCACCGAUUUUAACGAUUCUACUUACGCUUUUGACCGAUUUUUAGUGAAAAACGAUUUUAUUAGUGAUUUGUACCGUUUUCCUACCCUAGAAACGUAAAAUCGUACGAUUUUACACUUUAAAGCUCGAUUUUGACUGCACUUCCGUGCACAGAUGGAUUUAGUGCUGUGUUCUAUCAAGCAUUUUUUGGAUAUCAUUGGUAACUCAGUGUGUGUAGUUGCUUUGUCUUUCUUUAGAUCAGGGAGUUUGCUACACAAUUUUAACCACACGUUGAUCACCUUGAUUCCCAAGGUUCCCAAUGCAAAUUCAAUGAGACAGAUGCGGCCAAUUGGGUUAUGCCAGGUCUUUUAUAAGAUCAUCUCAAAGGUUUUGUCUUUUCGUUUGAGCAAGGUUCUGCCUUCUGUGGUUAGCGACACCCAAAAUGGUUUCGUCAAAGGAAGGGACAUCUCGGAUAACAUACUUAUCGUGCAGGAGGUGAUGCACUUUCUUAAUACGAAAUCCCAAGGUAGAGAUAAAUGGAUGGCAUUGAAGCUCGACAUGGAAAAAGCUUACGACCGAGUGGAGUGAAACUUUCUCUUUGCUGUAAUGGAGUCGCUGGGAUUUGACUCUUCCUGGAUCAAACUUAUCAAGGCUUGUGUCUCCACUGUCACCUUCUUAGUACUUCUGAAUGGCAACACACAUGGAUAUUUUCAUCCCGAACGGGGUAUCCGUCAAGGUGAUCCGUUGUCUCCCCUUCUUUUUGCCAUUUAUACUGAAGCAUUUUCCACACUGAUUUCUCAUGCUCUGCAUCACAACAAUUGCAUGGUCUUAAAAUCCAUCAUUUAGCUCCAAUGAAUUCACAUUUGUUGU